AGAUGGGCUCUGAACAUUCCUCGCACGGACAGCUGCCUCGCAGACAAGCCACUUUAAGCGGCAACAGCGUGCGGCAAUCCGGCAAUUUUCGACGCCAGCACACAAUUGCGAAUCCCGGUGGCGAAAUGCUGGAUCACGAACCUCGCCCCGGUUCGACUAGUCCCGGCCCUAGUGUUUGUAGCGACAUAGAUUUGCCCUAUAUUAGUUAUACGGUGAACAGACCAAUUGGAGAUUCUCCAAAGCUGACAAAACAAGCGGUGAAAGCGAAAGCGAACCAACGUAAGGUACAACAGAAGGCGGUUAAGAAGUCGGCACACAACAUCGUAGUCGUCAAACAGGCAGUUACCGGUCCAAAUGUUGAUAAGGAUCCGGACAUAGUUCGCCUUCAGAGUAUUCCCAUGUUUUUACCUAUAAUGAGAGGCACGCUGUAUCUGCCGGCACCUCGCGAUCCCGAGGUGCUCGAACGAUUAGAUUCGUCUCCCUUCUAUCGAUUGUGCUUAAGAUACCAGAAUCAUCUGACGACGUGCACUAACACCGUCGCGACGGAACAGAACAUAAUUACACAGAAAGUACGUGAGACUGAUGCGGAAAUAAACAAGCUGGUGGCGUACGCCACCGAUAGACAGAAGAGGUUCGCCAAAUACGCCGAAAAACUCUCAAAAGUCCAGGAGCUUAGUCAUCAGCUGAAUCGGUGCCAUAUGGUGCUGAACCAAACUUUGGAGUCGAUGGAGACGUUGAACAAUUGUUUAGAUAUUGACGACCGACUGGAGCCGUUCGUUUGGACGACCGGAUGAGAAUAAUUUAAUUUGUUUGGUUCACGUUACUCUCUUUUUAUUAAGACGUUUUGGAGGAUUAUCUAAGAAGCGGUGCUUUUAAUCGAGGAAUUGCACAUACUUGAUGCUGAUUUGUACAUAAUUGCGUGGCUUAUAGCUUGUAAAUAGAUAAAGAUUAAUGUAAUCGUUUAGAAAUUAAUAAAUGUAAUGUUCCUUUA